AUGAAUUUGACCAGAAUCAAGAAAGACUUGAUAGACUUAGAAAAAUUAAAUCAGGACUCAAAAACAAACUGUUCGGCUAGUCUAGUAAACGGUGAUAUUAAACACUGGCAAGGAAUCAUCAUCGGACCGGAUGGUACUCCUUAUGAAGGCGGUGUUUUUCGCUUGAAUAUUCGCUUUCCAUCAAAUUAUCCUUUUGAACCACCACAGAUUACUUUCAAAACUAAAAUCUAUCAUCCAAAUAUAAAUUCAAAGGGACACAUUUGCCUGGAUAUUCUCAAAGAUCAAUGGUCACCAUCGCUUACAAUGUCCAGUGGUAAUAAGCUAAUUCAACGUCAAUUGCUUUUACUUUCAAUUUCUUCAAUCUUGAACGAUCCCAAUUUGGAUAAUCCAUUGAUGACGGAAAUAGCCCGAAUGUAUAAGUUAAACAGGGAGAAGUACGUCGAAAUUGCAAGAAAUUGGACGCAGAAAUAUGCCACUGGAGGUGGAGAGUAA